CAGGAGAUCAUUUAUAACCUUUCACUGUAAUCUAGCUGUACUGUCAGUGCUUUCAGUAUAAAAAGAGGCAGCUAAGGGUUAACCUAUAUUUUAUACAUAGUUUUUUAUAAUCAUUUAAAAGACUCAUCUCAGCUGAUAUUGUUAUGAUUUUAGUUUGUAAGAUGGUGAAACAGCCAGUUUAAAUUCAGGACAGCUUUUCACGCAAUGCAUGAUGGGCAUGCCCAGCCUAGCCCAGCCCAGUACGAGCACAUGAGCUCCGUGUGUUUCUUUUGUUUUCUAUGAAGCUGAGAAGAAAACUGACGAUGGAGUUGAGGGGUUAGUUGAUGAAGCUCGUUAAUUAGAAUGGCUGGUUAAGAUGUUCUCAGAAUACAGGAUUCAUCCAGCUCUGCUUCACCUGCUUUACUGUCUGCUGUGCUCAGCUGGAGAAGAGGUUGUCAGACUGCAGGAGCUGGAGGGAAACACUGUAACCAUCCAUACUGGAUUAACUGGAGUUCAGAGUGAUGCUCACAUACUGUGGUUUUAUAGAUCUGAAAGUGUAGAAAUAAGGAUAGUGAACAGUCAGAUUAUUAGAGGAGAGAUUAUUACAGACUAUUACAGUGAGAAAUUCAGAGACAGACUGCAGCUGAACAGAAACAGUGGAUCUUUAAUCAUCACAAACAUGAGCAGAGAAGAUUCUGGAGUUUAUAAAUUAAAUAUCAUUACUGGAAUAUCCUCAGUCUGGAGUUUCAGUGUUGAUGUCUAUGCUCCAGUAUCAAAACCAAUCAUAAGAAAUCAAGCUGAAAAGCGCUCAGUGAGUCUCAGAGAGUCGUGUUCUCCUCUGUGCUCUGUGGAGAAUGGGAAGGAUGUGAAUUUGUCCUGGUAUGAAGAGAAAGAGAGAAUCUCCAGCAUCAGUAGCUCAGAUUGCAGUGAAUGUCUCUCUCUGCCUCUGAAUAUAACCAACCCAAACUCUACUUACACCUGUGUAGCUGCUAAUCCAGUCAGCAAUCAGACAACCCAGCUGAACAUUACAAAUAUCUGCUAUAAAGCAGUCUCAGGUCAGAAUGUUAAGAGAGAUCAAUCCAGUUCGCUGGCUGCUGUUCUGAUACCUGUUCUGAUUGUUGCUCUAUCAAUAUUAUUUUUGUGGUUCUGGAAAAAGAAGAAAAAGCAACAAGGCAAGAAAUACAUCUUCUCGAUUUGCUACAUCAAUAUUAGUGUUUUUGUAAGUGAUGCAGUUUUUGCCACAUUUAUACAAAACACUCUUCUGCCUUUUUACUCUCUAGAUUCUCAAGAUGCUGAGCUGAAUUACACUGAAGUGAAAACCACAACUCGAAAUUCAAGGGAAAGUCAUGAGAUAAACAGAGCUGGAAUGACAGAAGAAGACCAGAGUGACUCAGUGGAUUAUUCAGAGAUCAGACAUUAACUGUAUUUUAUCAGCUGUAUAUCCUUUUUUAAUAAUGUUUUACAUUCUUUGCAGAUGGCUGCCUUGUUUUGAUCAGUAUUGAACAAACCUGUUGUUUAAAACUGGUCACAAGCGUUUACUGUGUGAGCACUCACUCAGUCCAUUUCUGUAUUUAUGCUGUGUUUAUUGUUUAUGCUAUGAAUUUUGUAAAAAGCUUUCAUUCUGAACUGGUAUUAAAUGAUAUUCCAGUAUUUUA